CUCCACCUCCUCCUCUUCCUCCUCCUCCUCCUCCUCUCCCAGAGAUCAGAGGCUGCCGCUCCGUCUUUGACGACCUCUCCCUCUCUCUCUCCCUCCCUCUCCGCGGGGGGAUGAAUGGGGCGGCGAUGGAGUGGAACCCGGCUCCGGAGCAGCAGCGCGCCGGCAACGCCAGCGACCCCCACCUCCCGCCCCCGCCCACCAUCACGCCGGCCAUCCCCCCCUACGUGAAGCUGGGUCUGACCAUCGCCUACACCGUGUUCUACUCGCUGCUCUUCGCCUUCGUCUACGCCCAGCUGUGGCUGGUGCUGCGCUACCGGCACAAGCGCUUCAGCUACCAGACGGCCUUCCUGUCCCUGUGCCUGCUGUGGGCCGCGCUGCGCGCCCUCCUCUUCUCCUUCUACUUCAGGGACUGCGUGACCGCCAACGCGCUCGGGCCGUUCGCCUUCUGGCUGCUCUACUGCUUCCCCGUGUGCCUGCAGUUCUUCACGCUCAGCCUCAUGAACCUCUACUGUGCACAGGUUUACUUUAAGGCCAAGUCCAAGUACGCACCUGCACUGCUCAAGUACAGACUUCCUCUGUACCUGGUCUUCUUUGGCGUCAGCCUCCUCUUCCUGGUGGUGAACCUGGUCUGCGCCCUGCUGGUCAAGAUGACCGCCGCCGACGUGAAGACCAUCGUCCUGGUGAGGGUCACCAUCAACGACAGCCUGUUCGUGCUCUGCGCCGUCUCGCUGUCCGUCUGCCUCUACAAGGUCGCCAAGAUGUCGCUGGCCAACAUCUACCUGGAGUCCAAGGGGACGUCGGUGUGUCAGGUGACCCUGAUUGGCGUCAUGGUGGUGUUGCUGUACGCGUCGCGAGCCUGUUACAACCUGGUGGUGCUCGCCCUCACCAACAUCGAGACCAUCAACUCCUUCGACUAUGACUGGUACAACGUCUCGGACCAGGCGGACUUGCGGUCGUCGCUGGGAGACGCCGGCUACAUCGUGUUCGGGGUGAUUCUGUUCGUCUGGGAGCUGCUGCCCACCUCGCUGGUCGUCUUCUUCUUCAGGGUCCGCCGGCCGCCUCAGGAAAGGAGCGCUGCCGGGAUACCGAACCACGUCCUCUCCUCCAGAGGAUACUUCUUUGACAACCCUCGUCGGUACGACAGCGACGACGACCUCGCGUGGAGCAUUCCUCCCCAGAAUGCAACGGCGAGUCUUUCCUCCGACUGCUACGACUGGGGCAGCCGCCACAGCAGCUUCACGGUUCACACCGCCGCCGACGACCAGCGGCUGACCGCCACCGCCGGAGAGCUCCACCCUUACCCAUAAUGCCCCUCUUCACUGUACAGCGUCACUCUGCACUUUGGCACCCAUCGGUUGUUGUUGUUGUUUCUUGUAGAAGUUUGUGGACUCACGGUAAAAACUUCAGGGGGGGACGUACCAGGAUGUUCAUCGGGGUUCAUCCACGGAGUCGGGACCAUGAAUGUCUGAAACAACCCGUACGCAAAUGUAGAUACAUCACUCAUGAAUCAGGAAUGAACCUCUGAUCCAUCCUCUUGGGAACAUGAAGACAUGAGACAGAUAUCUCGAGCCAUCAGAUAGAUGGAGGAAUCUUUCAUUGGAAGAAUGAAAACUUUGACUCGCUGGUGUCAGAGGAUCAUCAGACUGUAGGUUCAUCCUCUGGGGAACAUGAAUGAAGACAACUAUGAAACAAUCUAUCAGAUAGAUGGAAUAUUUAUUCAGAUGAAGGACAAAUUUGACCUGCUGGUGCCAGAGGAUCAUGAAACACUGUAGGUUCAUCCUCUGGGGAACAUGAAUGCACAUUAUUCUGAGCCAAUCCAUCAGAUAGAUGUAGCGAUCCUUAAUGAGAUUCAUGAAAAAGUUGACCUGCUGGUGUCAUCAAAGUAUUUAGGUUCAUCCUCUGGGGAACAUGAAUGCACACAACUCAACAGAUAGAUGUAGGAAUCUGUAAUUAGAUGAAUGAAAACCUUGACCCGCAGAUGUCAGAGGAUCAUGAAGACUGGGUCCAUCCUCUGGGGAACAAGAAUGCCCACAACUUUGAGCCAAUCGAUAAGAUAGAUGUAAUCUUUAUUCAGAUGGAUGAAAAAUGUGACCUGCUGGUGUCAGAGGAUCACCAACAUCUUUAGGUUCAUCCUCUGGAAACAUGAACAAAUGAAACAGAUAUAUUGAGCCAUCAGAUAGACGUAGGAAUCUUUAAUUGGAUGAAUGAAAAAGUUGACCCUCAGAUGUCAGAGGUUCAUCCUCUGGGGAAUAUGAAUCAUCAUUUAAUGGACGGUGCGAACCGAUUAACUGAAAUUAUGAUGAUCACAAGAGGUCCAACUCGUCGUCUGACCCCACGCUUCAUACACAAUGUCGUGAUGAACGUUUCAGAUGUUUCUGCAUUUUUUUUAGUUUUUUAGAGGUUUUUUUUCUUUUUUUUCUCAGCGACGAUUCUUCAAUUUAUCUGGAAAUAAUUAUUCUCACUUAAGACAAAAACUCCAGAUUUUAACGUGAUUGCCAGGAGUCCUCCCAGUUGUUUAUCUGUUCACAUAUCAGAUGUACAUAUUAGAAAUCAGAGAUUAUGUGAUUAUUAAUGUAGUCUAGUUUUUAAACCCUCGGGAUCGGCUCGUAUGUUUCAUUUCGACGAUCCGUGAGUAAUUUUUUAGGUUCUUGACUGUAAAUACAUCAUAACACAUACACACACACACACACACAUGCACAUACAUGCUGUGUUUUAAGUCAACAUAAUCAAUAUCAUGUAAAUAUUAGCUGAACACCUUUGUCGUUUUCUAUGUUUACCUCCAAAGAUCCGUGUCAUAGUAAGUUAUUUAACGGUGUUUUCAUUUGACUUCUUUAUGAAUAAAUACAAUUAAAAACAUUAA